AUGCAACACAUAGACACCAUCAACAUGUUCUUGCAAAUGACCGGGUGCACCGACGGCAAGUUGAUGCUUUACUUGACGUACUUCGAAUUUUUGAUCACGUUCUAUUACUUGAUCGCCGCGUACUUGUCGAUCGUGCAUUCCGAGCAGAGCGUGACCAUCCAGCUGUUCGCGCUCUUGUGCAUGCUCAUCGAGUGCGUGAUACUGCUGAACAUCGCUUUUCGGCUCUACCAUCGAGAUCACAUCCGCGAGAUGCACCGGUACUCGAGACGGCUGGGGAUACCGGACAGCUACCGGUCGAAGAUAAACAUAAUAACCAAAUACCACCUGAUAGCAUCCAACGUGUUCGUCAUAUUCCCGGUCACGUACGCGAUUCUCUACGAUUCGGUGCGCGUCGGAGACCCGUUCACGUAUCCUUACUUGGACGUUUUGCCGGUGCACGCCGACAACCUCGCGAUUUACGCGUUCAAAUACUUGGCGUACGCGAUAUCCGUGUACAUAGCACACGUCGAACUUUGUUUCAUAAACACGACGUUCAUAUAUUACGUGGGCGUUUUGAAACACAGGAUAGAGACCAUCGUGCAAACGAUCAGAGAAGCUGUUGUCGACAACGACGAACAAAAAUUUAAAUAUGCCAUCAUUCAACAUCAAAAGUUAUUAUCAUAUUUUAGUACAAUGAAGAAAGUAUUUUCAAAACCGAUAUUACUGUCAAUGUCAUUCAAUGCUAUAUAUUUUGGUUUGACUACUUCUUUUGUGAUUCAAGCUAUUCGGGGUUAUAUUAAUCAAGUAAUAUUAUCAAUAUGUAUAGCGAGCAGUGCAGCAGCUGUUAUAAAUAUUACAAUAUAUACUUUUUAUGGAAGUGAGCUUAUGGAUUUACACGAUAAAAUAUUACAUGUCCUUUUUGAUAAUGCUUUUUUUUAUGUAAGCAAAUCGUUUAAAAGCUCUAUUUUAAUAAUGAUGACAAGAGUUACAAUACCUUUAAAAUUUACAGUUGGUUACAUUUUUACCAUCAAUUUAAAUUUACUUCUUAAGAUUGUAAAGAUGUCAUAUACUGUGUUGAACGUGUUACUGUCAUCAGAAACUAUAAAACCUCACAAGUUGUCAUAA